AAAGGAGGGAAAAGGUUGUUUAUUGUCUACGUACUGUGGGUCUUUUAUUCUUUGUUCUUUGGCGGCAAAGAAACCGUUUCAUCUUGCCCUCCAAGUGUUCAUUCACCAUCUCGUAGUCAAGCAGUAUAAAAUUGCUUUAACUACGCACAAUUGUUUCAAUAUCUCUAUUUACGUCUAACUUCACCAGUAGUUCAUUACUAUAUUAAUAUCUCUUGUAUCUAUUAUACCUACGUCUUUCUGUUGCUGGGGGCCUAGAAUCAUGAAUAUCAGUCAUCCACAUCAGCUAUCCCAUAGCAACACUUAUCGAACGAAUGAUAAAUUGGAUUUAUUCAACAUAGGGUAGAUUCGAUGAAAUUUAGCAAAAAGUAUCUUGCUUUGUUUCAUUAAGUACACGGAUCUUCUUAUUAACUUUUUCUGGACUUUUCGGGAUUUAUUCAAGCAAGUUCUUGAAGCCUACACUCGCACGAAUGUAGAUGUGACGGAAAGCUAGCACAUCCUAAGAAUGAACGAAAACAGUCUCUCCAAACCUCUUGUCUUAAGGGCUUUGACGAUCAAGCUAUCAAUCGUAUUUCUCUGGGUGUCUUGCUUGCAAUCAGUGUCAGCAAAUGCAUGUUCAAGUCCGUUAGGGGUUGAAAAUGGUGAAACCAUCUUAAGCGCUGAUAUAGAGUUCAGCAACCGUAAAGCUGCCGAUGCCAAACUCAAUAAGAGUGGGGGUUGGUGCCAAUCAAUUAGCAAUGAGGGCUAUCUACAAGUCAAGUUUAAAGAAGAGCGGUUCAUCACUGGUGUUGCGACCCAAGGAUCGGUCGGCUACGGACAAGUAUUGGAGUAUAAGCUGCAGUUUAGUGAAGACGAAACGGAGUGGUGGGACUACAUGGAAGAUGGAAAAGUCAAGGUCUUCAAUGGAAACCUCGGUGACGAGAGCGAAGUCGUCCGCAAUGACCUGACAAUUCCAGUAAGAGCGCUUCUUCUUAGAUUUCGACCUCUGCGUUCGCGUGGCUCUUAUACUUGCCUUAGGAUAGAGGCGUAUGGAUGCAAAGCAUGUGGAAAUCCAUUGGGAUUUGAAGAUGGCCGAAUACCUGAUUCAUCUUUUUCAACGCCGAAAAUUCUCAAAAAGGGUUACGAGGCAUACAGAGCCAGGUUAAACAAAUAUUUGGGGGGAGGCUCCUGGUGCCCGCCUGGAAAGAGCCAUGAGGCUUACUUACGUAUUGACCUUGGUAAAGUACACAUAAUAGACGCCAUCCUCACUCAAGGAAACCCAAACUCAAAACUCUAUUAUUAUUACCAAACGGAGUCAGCAAGUUGCAGUUCUUCAGACCCAACGCUGGUCAAGAAAACCGAUGAAAAUAACGUUACUACAUGUACCAUAACUAGAAAGAAGUACUCGCCAGCUUUUGUCAAGACAUAUUUUUUGGAUUACAGUAUUGAUGGGAUACAGUGGAGGACAUAUGGAGAAAAAGGAAGUGCCAAUAAGAUACUAACUGCCAAUAGGGACGAAAAUACCAUCAAAACUUCAAGUCUUUUUCCGAAGCCAAAAGCUCGUUACGUGUCAUACAGGCCAAGGACUUCAUUGUACAAUCACUGUUCAAGACUAGAAAUACUAGGCUGCGAAGCAUGCAUGGGAGAUAUUGGACUCAGCCACGGAAGAAUUCCAAAUCAACAAAUGACAUCUUCUAGCAACGCGGGCUCAGAUUUCCAGCCCUGGCUUGCUCGGCUCAAGAAUCCGCGAAGAGCCUGGUGCGCAAACAAAUCAGAUUCCGCACCUUAUCUUCAGGUGGAUCUUUGGAACACUCAUAAAAUUCGUCACAUUUCUACACAAGGCUUUUCAAGUACUUCCGACAACUGGGUGCAAGAGUAUACUAUUGGUUUUAGUACAGAUGGCGAUGAGUGGUUCACUUACAAAGAAAACGGCGUGAAAAAGGUUUUCACAGGAAAUUCUGAUUCAGAAUCUGAGGUGAAAAUUUCCUUGUCUAGUCCUAUCUACGCUGUAUAUAUUCGAGUAUUACCAACUAAGUGGAUAGGAGAGUCUGCUUGUCUACGACUGGAGCUAUACGGGUGUAAAGCUGCUUCAGAUGGACUUGGAAUGGAAGCUGGAGAGACUAUGACUCUUAUUAGUAAUCAUCGUUAUAGCGGUUAUUAUCCUAGUUAUGGGAGACUAAAUCAUGAUUAUGGUUAUAUUGGAGACAUUCCAGGCAUUCCAGAACAAUCUUUGUUCUUCCGAGUUGACCUGGGACCAAGUUCUGCCAUCAUAACAGGAAUAGCGACACAGAGAUAUAAAGGUCAAAAUCACUACGUAAGAAGAUAUAGUCUUAGGUUUAGUGAUGACAUGUUGGAAUGGAUGACGUAUAAUGAAGGAGGAAACCCUAAGAUGUUUGAAGGAAAUCAUCUCCGAUUUACCACUGUUCGGUACACUUUUCGCAAUAACGUUACAACAAGAUACGUGGAGUUAGUGGUCAAAGAAGGGAAUGGUAGAAGAAUCGGUUUACGAAUGGAGUUAUACGGAAUAAAAUAUUGUGAGCAGCCUCUUGGUAUGGAAAAUGGACAAAUCAGCAAUGACUCCCUAACGUCUCCUGACAGCAAGCCUGACAACCCACCAGGAAAUGCAAGAUUGAACGGACCUAGUGCUUGGUGUGGCACAGACAUUUAUAAGAGUUAUCUGGAGAUAGAUUUCAAGACUCUCCAUAGAAUAACUGCUAUAGCUAUGCAAGGAAAUCCAACCGCUGCCGAAUAUGUGAAAACCUAUGAACUUUUCUUUCGCAGAGAAAGCCCUGAAUGGGAAAUUUAUCGACAAGAUGGAAAAUCAAAGGUUUUCAAAGGUGCUUCUACGUCCACACUUGCUGUUAUUGAACGUCCAGUACAUCCAAUAUUGGCCACUAUGAUUAGAAUCAAAGCAUUAACCUAUCGUGGGAGUGUAUGCAUGAGAGUGGAAAUCUAUGGUUGCAAAGAAAUUCAUUGUUCGUCUUCUGUCGGGCUGACAACAUUCCAAGUUCCUGCAAACAAAAUCUCAGCUUCAAGUUCCUUUGGCCCUUCUUACCUUCCAAACCACGGAAGACUUGAUACUCAUCUUGGUUACGGGGCUUGGUGCGCUGCGGUACAUGAUGGUCAGCAGUUUUUACAAAUAGACUUGCCUCGAAUGUACGUCAUUAAUGGAUUUGCAUCGCAAGGCAAACAUCGGUUGUCUAAAGAUGGCUUAGGUGAUGCGUGGGUUACGUCUUAUAAGGUGUCAUAUUCCAAAGAUUUGUUUCAAUGGGAAUAUUUGCAAGAUGUCAAUUAUACAGAGGUAUUGGUUGCCAAUGUUAAGAACAAUAUGUGUAAUAGCAGCAUUGCCAACAACAGUUCCACCUCUAACGGUACCAUUUUCAGCAGCAACAAUACCAGUUCCAACGGGACAAUUUUCAGUAGCAACAGUACCACUUCCAACAACAGUACCGCUUCAAACGGUACCAUUUCCAGCAAUAACAAUACCAGCAACUGCAGCCAGGCUAAUGCUACAUUGGAGUACACCGUCAAGAAAGUUCAAAUCUAUUUCGACAAGAUAUUCUAUGGCAAUAGUAAAUUCAACGUUACUGUUAAGCACAUGCUGCAGACGCCCUUCAAGAGUAAAGUUGUCCGAUUUCAACCUCGAUCAUGGUUUAAUAUGCCUUGUAUGAGAGUAGAGCUUUAUGGAUGCAAAGAUUGCUUUACGCCACUUGGAAUGGUAGACGGGAAAAUCCCUGAUUCAGCAUUAAGGGCUGAUAUGUGGAGUUAUACUUCUACUGCUCCCAAAUAUGCUCGCUUGUACAGUAACGGUAAUUGGAUAUAUAACAGUAUGAAUGAUAAUCAAUUCCUUCAUAUUUACGUCGGUCCACAAACCAAAUUUAUUUCCGCUGUAGCAACAGAGAGCACAAGUCAUUCUUUUGUUAAGGUAUUUACGGUAUCAUUUAGUCCAAAUGGUGGCGAUUGGAUGGACUAUAUGGAGAACGGAAAGGCGAAGUUUUUCAGAGGCAACUUCAAUUUGUGGUCUCCUGCACUGAAUCACUUUUCUUACCCACUAAAAGCCCAAUACGUGAAGCUAAAUAUAAAAGCAGUGAGCAAAAAUUCUAUUCGUCUUAGAGUUGAACUUUAUGGUUGCGCAGUCGAUUGCUAUAAACCGAUUUUACCUUCUAUUGCCGACGAAAACUUUGAAGCCACUUCAUCAGAUAUCAGCGUUGAUCACCAUCCCCAUAACGCCCGGCUAAGUUUACUUGCCAACAUUACUGCAUGGUGCCCUUCAAACAGCAAUCCCAACAACAAGCUGGAAGUUAAUCUUGGCAAGAGUUUCCUCAUAUCUCAAGUAGCGAUACAGGGGUAUAAAGAUCAGUUGACUAAGAAAGUUAGACUGUAUUAUAAGGAAAACACUACUCCUUGGGUCAUGUAUACCGAUAACUUUGGACGCAGUGAUUUAUUAGCAAAUUCGAACGAUUCGUCAAUCACGAGGAUAUUCAUCAAAUACCCUUUUAAAGCCAGCUACAUAUCGUUCCUCGCACUUGAGUUGGAAAAACGUUCCUGUAUGAGGGUGGAAGUCUACGGCUGCAAAGAAUGUCAAGAAAAAAUCACUUCUAACCAGGAGUUUGAAACCAACUCAGGAGUGCAAGCCUCAAGCUACUUCGAUCCGAACUUCAAGCCCAAAUUUGGCAGCAUGCGAUAUGGUGUACCAAAUAAUGCCUGGUGUGCUCAGUAUAAUGAUAAUCAACAAUUUCUUCAAUUUGACAAUCUUGUGGACUUCAAAAUAACAGGCAUAACGACCACAGGUUCUGCAAUAAGUCCCAAUGAGAGCAAUGGAUCAUGGGUCAAUAAAUACAGGCUUGAGUACAGUAGUGAUGGGAAAGUCUGGAAGAACUAUACAGAAAACGGUUAUGUCAAGAUAUUCAAUGGAAGCGAAAGCUACCAGGAUGAAGCUCUCCAAGCUGUCGAUCAACAUCUUGUUGCUCGAUUUGUUCGUCUCUUCCCAACUCGAUGGCAAAACUGGAUUUGUAUGAAAGCGUCAUUGACAGGAUGUUCAGAUUGUUCUUCUGCUCUUGGACUAGAAACAAAGAAGCUCAAAACUAUUCGGAGCUCAUGGUCGAGCACCUAUCGUUACCCAACAUACGGUAUAUUACAUAGCGGAAGUGGCUUUGUAGCAAACAAUUAUUUGCACUUUCAAAUAUUCUUAGAAAUUCAGCUUCAAACCAGCAGAGCUUCAAUUACUGCUGUGGCUAUGCAGCCGGACUAUCAUGAUAAUAUUGGCGUAUGGACAUAUUACCUGUCCUACAAUUUAAACGGGGAACAAUGGUUUGAUUACAAUGAGAAUGGAGCAACGAGGUAUUUCAGGGGAUACAGAGACCGAGAAACUGCGGUUAAACAAGUCUUGUCAAGGCCAAUUACAGUUCGUUUUAUCCGCUUUAAUCCAUUAAUUUGGAGAUCACGUGUAGGUUUCCGCGUAGAGCUUUAUGGUUGCCAAGCAUGUGAGAAGCCUUUGGGGAUGAGAUCAGGCCAGAUUAAAAACACUUCGAUAACUGCCUCAACAUAUGAAGCUGGAUACGAACCGUGGUUUGGAAGAAUUGGUUCUAAUGGUAGUUGGUGUUCACAAUUCAGCUCUCCUCACAAACACCAUUACCUGCAGGUUGACCUUGAGAUGCCAGCACAAGUCAGUGGGCUGGAGAUCGAGGGAGAUGCUGUUACUUCUAAAUACGUACAACAAGUAUUGGUCUCGUAUUCUAAAGAUGAAGGAUACUGGAAAAUGAUAACAAAGGAUGGAGAAACGUUUAGUUUAUUUGAUGCUAACUUGAAUGGCCCUGAUAUGACAAUCAUCGAGUUUCCUCGUCCAAUCACAGCACGAUAUGUCCGUGUUAAUCCCAAACGAUGGAACUUGGGAAUAUGCAUGAGGAUUGAACUCAGAGGAUGCAGAGACGUCCAAAAAGAGAAUUGCACUACCACAAUUGGAAUGGAACAUGGUUACAUAAAGAAUGAAACAAUUUCCGCAUCAAGUUCUCUUGGUCCAGACUAUCAGCCAUGGUUUGCCCGUCUUAACACUAACAUACUGGGCGGAGGAUGGUGUGCUGGUGCCAAUAACAGUAACCAGUACCUACACGUGAAUUUCGUCGAACAUUAUAAAGUUAAAAUACUUUUUCUACAAGGAAAAUCGGGAUCUCCUUCAGCUUGGUUGACGAAGUUUUCGGUUCAGUACAGUUUAGAUGGCUCGGCGUGGACUACAUAUCGCGAGCAAAGCAAUGAAGUAUUUGAUGGCAUUAGAAACGGUCAAGAAACUAUAAAGCUGGCCUUAGAGAAUCCCUUCAUUGCUCGUUAUAUACGCAUUCUUCCACGAGAAUGGCAUAACUGGGUGUGCAUGCGAAUAGAAUUUGCUGGAUGUAAAGUUUUGGCUCAAGCAUAUGGUUUGGAAACACAAGAAGUUGGACCUGAGCUGCUAUCUGGUAGUCAUAUAACCUCAACCAGAUUCGAAUACGCUCGACUUUACUUUAAUAAUAGAUGGUAUUCCAACCUUCAAACUGGUGUUGAAUACCUUGAGAUCACUUUACAGCCGUUUGGCAAGGUUAUCACGGCUUUUGCUGUACAAGGUUUUCAUAGGUUAAUUACGAUGUACACUGUUAGCUACAGCGUCGAUGACAAGAACUGGUAUGGUUAUAAAGUUGACGGUAAAGUAAAGAUGUUCAAAGUUCUGGAAGAUCUCAUUAAAGUUUCUAGAGUUGUUUUGUCAAGGCCACUCUUAGCCUCCAAGCUUCGGAUAACACCAAAACAAUGGAUUACUGGUAUAGCACUGCGAACCGAACUUUAUGGAUACGAUAGUUGUUUUGAUCGGUUGAAAAUUGGAUCUCUUCACAAUUCAUCACUCAACGCAUCAAGUAGUUUGCCAAAUCACGAGCCAUGGCGUGCAAAGUUCGGUGGAGCAAAGAACGAUUCAUGGUGCCCGGUAACAACGAGUCCAAACGAAUACCUAGAAAUUGACCUCGGAGAUACGUACCUCGUUAGUGCCAUAGCAACCGAGGGAGAUCCGAUGAAAAACUGUUGGAUAAAUAAGUUUUCCUUGGAGUACAAGGAGCCAGAGAAUGAUACUUGGCAGUAUUAUGGAAAACAAACUCUUCAUACAUUGGAAAAAAUAAGCUUUAGGGCAGCAGAUCCUCUAAUCCCGAGGUAUUUAGUAAAAAUGGAACACAAACUAGAAGCGAGAUAUGUCAGGAUACACCCUGAAGAAUCAAUCGAAUGUCCCUGUCUUCGUUUCGAGAUUUAUGGCUGCCAAGCAUGCGAAAUAGAGCUAGGAAUGACUACCAGCAGGAUCAAAGAUGACGCAAUCACCGCAUCAGGAUACCUUAACCCAGCUAGUCUACCAUCGAAUGCAAGGCUUUAUUCAAAGGAAGGCCUUGGAGCAUGGUGUGCAGGCCCCAAUGAAACAAGCCCUUUCCUGCAGGUUGAUCUGUUCUGGGUGCAUAAAGUUCGCAGUAUUGCAACCCAAGGACGGAACGAUGGUGCUGCGUGGGUUGAGCAGUUUACACUUUCUUAUCGAGAAGACAACAAACAUUGGCAGAAUUACUCAGAAGGAGGCAUUACGAAAGUAUUUACAGCGAAUAACGACGGCUCGUUUGUUGUUAAACACAGCAUGAACCUAGAAAGGGUGAGGUACUUAAGAAUCCAUCCUGUCAAGUGGCAUCAAGCAGCAUGCCUAAGACUAGAAUUAUACGGUUGCGAAGUCACAAUGAAAAGCUAUGGAGUUGCACUUGGAAUGCAAGAUCGUUCGAUACCCGAUUCAGCAAUCACUGCAAGUUAUUGGUCUUUUAGCCCUUACUAUGCCCGGCUGUUUAAAGUUGACGGUGGUUGGUCAUCGACCGCUUAUAAUAGAAAUAAGUUUCUCCUUAUUGACCUUGGACUUGUGAAGACUCUAGUAACAAGGAUUGCCACUCAAGGGUGGACUUCCUCCGGGCAUUCUGUGUUGGAGUAUCAUCUUUCCUUGAGUAGAGAAGGGAUUUUCUGGUUCCGCUAUAUGGAGAAUGGUCAACCAAAGAUUUUCAAUGGAAAUUCCUACAAAGACACUCAAACGCCUGUAGAACACAAUCUACACCAUACCAUCUUAACACGUUACCUCAAGUUUGAAGUAUUAAGAUACUAUUAUAAUCCUGCGAUGCGCGUAGAGGCUUAUGGUUAUCGUGAAUAUCCCAAGUCAUUAUUAGGAAACGGUUCCAAUCCAAACUCUGUAGAUUACGUCAUCAAAUCAUCCAGCAAUUUGACUGUUGAUUCCUUCCCUGUCUCCCACGCGACCCCUGGUGUCUCUUGGUGCUCCGAGUUCAACGAUUCUAGGCAGUACCUGCAGGUUGAUUUUAAGAGGGACGUCCUGGUUUCUGCAAUAAGGCUUGACAUAAUCGAAACUACAUCAUCUACGAGUGUUGUUUUGUUCUACGCGAUGAGUGGUCAGGGAUUCAGACCAUUAAAACAGGGUAACGUUUCAAAGGUUUUUUACAAUGGAAUGAACCUUUUCCAGUUAAAGAUGGUGGUUUCUGGAAUAAGAAUAAUGCCGACUUGGCAGAACACAAUGUGCUUACACUUAGAUAUCCUCGGCGAGGAUAUGUCUAAUCCAAUUGGAUUCCAAGAUCAAAGAGUUCAAGACCAAACCAUGUCGGCAUCAACCCAACUCACUGCCUUUACACGGCCAUCAUAUGGCAGAGUAAGCCUGGAUAAUGUUCGCGAUGCUUGGUGUGCAGGUGAAGAGGACUCGAAUCAAUUCCUGAGCAUAGACAUUGGUUAUAUACAAGUAAUAGAUCGUGUGGCUACCCAAGGAAGGCAUACGACUGGUCUGGACUCGUGGGUCACUAAAUAUUCUAUCAGAUACAGCGAAGAUGGUGUUGACUGGAAAUGGUGCAAAACGGAGAAUGAAACAGUGAAGAUAUUUGAAGGAAAUACUGACUACUACAUGGUGGUCAAGAAUAAACUACCCAAACCUGUAAGAGCUCGCUAUGUGGAAGUUCAUCCACGAUCAUGGCAAGGAAAUCUAUGCAUGCGUAUUGAGCUUUAUGGAUAUACAGCGUGUGCCAAUCCUCUUGGCAUGAACACUGGUCUUAUACCUGACUCGUCCAUCAGUGGCGUAGGUACAAGUACAAGUUUGCGACUUCCGAUUUACGCUCGCCUGCAUAAGUUUCUCGGAGACGGAGCCUGGUGUGCAAAACCAAGCAGUGCGGAGAAGUACCUACAGAUAGACCUCGGGAUUGAUAGGCUUAUUUCAGGGUUUGCAACACAGGGCUCUCAAAAAAUUGCAGACGCGUUUGUCAAAAGUUAUAAUGUGUUUUACCGCCCCAAUGAUGGCUCUUGGACUUUUUACACUGAAAAUGCCACAAAGCAUAAACUAAAAACGUGUGUUCACACUUGGUUCCUGGAAACGGUGCUCGAGAAUACAAUUCUUGCUGGGCACUAA